GCCAUCUGCGCCGCCCAGUGCGCGCCUGCGGAGCCGUAUUGCAGGCUGCGCGCGUGCGAGAUUGACGGGCGCGGGAGGCCGCGGCGAGAUCUCUGCGGCGGCCGCUGGUGCUACGCCCAUCGCGAGUUCGCCACCCCGAAACCGAGUCAGUACGUGACGCCAACCGGCCUCUCCAAGUACCCCGAGGAUUGGUCCGACGUGCUCAAGGCAGUCGCGCGCAUGAACUUCCUCUGGGAGCACGUCACCCCUGAGGACUUGACGGCGCUGCUGGAGGUCUGCCGAGACGUGGGCUGUCAGCCCGGGGCCCCGCUGUCGGUCGCCUCGCUGGUCACCGCCUUCGUGGCGCACACGUUGAAGUGGCCCCCAGCCGCGCGGCACCAGAAGACCCUAGUCGCGCUGCGCCCCCCGACCGGCCCCUCCGAGGCCAUGCGAUUGCACGGGGAG